UUUGUGAGUCAUACUUGGGAAGCCCCAGUGCUGUCACAAAUCAACAAGAGGACACUAACAGGAGCAAAAGGCCACCUGGGAACGCCAUUGGAAAUGGAGAGCAUCUUUCUUCACCAAGCUGCUUUCCAGUCGAGACAAGACGUAGCGAGGAAAAUGAUGAUGAUGCGCGCACCUUGGUGGAUUUCCCUUUUGUGCGUCUGUGGAUUGAUGCAAGUCGGUCACCAGAGCAACCCCCAUUCCCUUAACGGUGAUGCUUGGUCGAGCGUCAAGACGCCUCGUAAAGAAGGCGCCCGGCUGGGCAAGAAGAAGGAGGACACGGUGCCUGUUCGUCUGCUUUACAGCAGACACAACCACAGCAUGAUCGGCCACCAUGAGCUCAGCACGCGCGUCACGGGCAGCCCCGGAUCCACGCAGGUGAACCACGUGGCCCAGGCCAGCUUUCAAGUGGAAGCUUUUGGCAGGAAGUUCACCUUGGACGUGGAGCUCAAUCAUGAUCUGCUAUCUUCAGAAUACGUGGAGAAGCAUUUGUCAGCGAAAGGGAAGACGGUUGUCACUGCUGGAGGAGAGCACUGCUACUACCAGGGGAAAGUCAGAGACAUUCCUCACUCCUUCGCCGCCCUCUCCACUUGUCAUGGCCUACACGGGAUGUUUUUUGACGGCAAUCACACGUAUCUGAUCGAACCUGGAGGAGCUGGCGGCGGUAACCACAGUGAUGUCCACUUGAUAUACAAAAAUGGAGGACCAGAUGGACUUCAUGACCUCCUCAACGGUAACCUUCCUGAGCCGCCCUUCCCCAGUCCAACAUUUCCUGGGUCACGACUUGUCCACAGGAGAAAGAAGAGACAGGCAUCACACGUGUUACGGAGUGUGGAAGAGGAGAUCAAAUACAUCGAGUUGAUGGUGAUCAAUGACCAUUUAAUGUACAAGAAGCAUCGCCUCUCCGUGGGCCACACCAAUAACUAUGCUAAGUCAGUGGUCAAUAUGGCUGACAUGAUUUUCAAGGAACAGCUCAACACCCGCAUUGUGCUGGUCGCCAUGGAAACGUGGUCCACCGAUAACAAAUUCAACAUUGACGACGACCCCAUGGUGACCCUGAGGGAAUUUAUGAAGUACCGCAAGGAUUUCAUCAUGGAGCGAUGCGACUCCGUACACCUAUUCUCAGGGAACCGUUUUCACAGCAGCUGGGGGGGGGCUUCCUACAUGGGAGGAGUUUGCUCCCUCACCAAAGGGGGCGGUGUCAAUGAGUAUGGAAAAACAGAUGAGAUGGCCAUAACGCUGGCUCAGUCCCUGGGGCAGAACAUUGGCAUCUUCUCGGAUAAGAAGAGGAUCCUUAAUGGAGAGUGCAAGUGUGACGAUCGUUGGUCAGGCUGCAUCAUGGAUGAUGUUGGUUUCUACCUGCCCAAGAGGUUCUCCGACUGCAACGUGGAGGAAUACUACAACUUCCUCAACAGUGGAGGAGGAACCUGUCUGUUCAACAAGCCCCUCAAACUUCUGGACCCUCCUGAAUGUGGUAAUGGCUUUGUAGAGUCCGGGGAGGAAUGUGACUGUGGCAGCCCAGUGGAGUGUGCAAGAGAGGGCGAGAACUGCUGUAAAAAGUGCACGCUGACACAAGGCUCGAAAUGUAGCGACGGACUCUGCUGCAAUAAUUGCCAGAUGGAAUUCUCGGGGGUCGUGUGCCGAGACGCGGUGAAUGACUGCGACAUUCCUGAAAAUUGCACGGGAAAUUCCAGCCAGUGUCCACCAAAUGUACACAAGAUGGAUGGCUACACGUGCGAAAAAGACCAGGGGCGCUGCUUUAACGGGAGAUGCAAAACCAAAGACAAACAGUGCAAGUACAUUUGGGGAGAGAAGGCAACUGCAGCCGAUAAGUUCUGUUACGAGAAGCUCAACAUCGAAGGCACCGAGAAGGGCAACUGUGGGCGGGACAAAGACACGUGGAUCCAGUGUAACAAGCAGGACGUUCACUGCGGUUACCUGCUGUGCUCCAACAUCUCUCCUGCUCCACGACUGGGAGAGCUUCAGGGAGGCCUGACUUCCUUCUCCGUAGCAAGACAUAGCGCCUCUCUGGACUGCAGCGGUGCUCACGUGCUGAUCGACGGAGACACCGACUUGGGCUACGUGGAAGACGGCACCGCCUGCGGGACAGACCGCAUCUGCUUCAACCACAAAUGUCUCCCCAUCCAGCAGUUCAACUUCAGCAUCUGCCCCGGGACCACCGACAAAAGCGUCUGCUCGGGACACGGGGUGUGCAGCAAUGAGCUGAAGUGUGUGUGUUACCUGGGCUGGGCUGGAGACGACUGCAACUCAACGUCGCCUCUCAGCUAUCUCGUGGUGGGACCCACAGCGUCUGUUUCAGGCAUCAGCAGUACCAACAUCAUCAUCAGCGCCAUCGUCGGCUCCAUCCUCUUCCUCGCCCUCAUCCUGGCUGUGACGGCCUGGUGCUACAAGAGUUAUAAGCGGAGAUGCUACGUGGAGUCGGAGGUUCACCGAAGAUUCUGCCGACAAAUGCCGCCGGGCGACUAUGUCACAAAGCCGAACGACGCCGAUUCUUUCUACAGCGACAUGCCGCCCGGCGUGAGCACAAACUCGGGUUGCAGCUCCAAGAAGAGGUCAGCGUGUCUGUCGCACCUUCAGAUAUGCGCCUUGUCCUUCACGCCUUCCAUCCCAUCCAUUACACAGAACAUCUCACUGUUUGGCUUCAGAUCGAAUGGCCUUUCCCACUCGUGGAGCGAGAGAAUCCCAGACGCUAAACACAUCUCGGAUAUUUGUGAAAACGGGCGACCGAGGAGCAACUCGUGGCAAGGAAAUAUAAGCGGCCAUCGCAAGAAACUGAAAGGAAAGAAAUUCCGUGCUCGCUCCAACUCCACAGAGACCCUUUCCCCGGCCAAGUCUCCCACUUCCUCUACAGGCUCCAUCGCAUCCAGCAGGAGAUACCCUUACCCCAUGCCGCCUCUGCCCGACGACCAGCGGAAAGCAAACAGGCAGAGCGCCAGACUGUGGGAGACGUCAAUAUAAGAGCACGUUGUCAUGAGAUGAAAAACACACCAAGCAAAACGGGCGUAGACCGGGAUGAGCAUUUCAUCAUUCAAGACGCCGGGUGAACCACGAGUGGCGUAAAACUGGAGCUCAGAACCCCCCCCCCCCCCCCCCAUGUGGUCCACACAUCCAUGCAGCAUCACCAGAUCAAGUGGAGCAUUUGUGGCUACAAACACUGAAUGCAUGAAGCAGCUCCGAAGGACCCUUUUGGACACAACGCAUGCGAGGAACACACACACACACACAUCUCUCUCCCCCAUUUCCAUUAUAACCAACAAUAUUGCAUCAUCGCUCAAAAAAAAAAAAAAAAAGGCCUCCUCGCUGUAUGUUGUGUACAUAUGUAAAGAAAAACUGCACUUUUUUUUUUUUUUUUUAAAUCGCUGUGUGACGACUACAGUUUCAGUCUCCGUUCACAAUAGAAUGUACAAAUAUAUUUUGUCCACGUGUGAGGAAAAAUUUAGACCAACAGUUUUAGUGCAACUAUGCGUUGACCACGUGCAAGAAUCAUAACAUUGAACAAGUCUAAAAUUGAAAUUUUUUUCUUCAUCUACCAUUUUUUAGUUGAUUAGGAAGAGAGAAAAUGACACAAGAGAAUCACUCAGGAUGAUAUAUAUUUUUGUUUAAACAUCAAAUAAGUGCAUUUGGUGAUUUGGUGAAACUUUAGGCCAAAAUAUCCUUAAGGACAUCUGAGGUUCCAAUUAUUUCGAAAAUUGCACGGCUGGCUGGAUCGAGCGAGCUCUUUUUGACCCACGGUCCCCGAGUGACAAAUGGAUGCUAAUUAAGCGAAGGGAUUUAAUGAAAGGAAACAAUUCUUUGUAUAGUUAAUUGUGUCAUUUUGUUUAGCACAUUUGUAAUUCAUGUCUGCAUUAGACUUAGCGUUAAUAUGAAGGGCACACUACUGAAUUCAUGUUUCGACCACUGUAGUAUAUUUUCUAUUCUCGCCGUAAUGUACAGCGGCGGCUCGCUCAGUACUGACGUGCUUUAUUGUAUUUAUGUAUUGAUGACUUUGACACUUUUAUUUACUUUUUUUUUUUUUUUUUGGCCCCUCCCUUAAUGCUUGUUGUCGACCGUAAAUGAGAUUUGCCUUCAACCAACCAGAGCGCUUCAUCAGCAUCCCAAACAUUUAAUAAUGAUGAUGACGCAUUACAUUCAGUGAUCUGCAUUUGUCUUGACGUCAUGAACGAAAAUUCACCCGACGGACACGACUGUCUGUCCAUUGAAUGUAUUCCUGGAGGACUCCAAGCAUCACAACCUUUCACACUCGUAAGUACACUCUUGUUUGUGCCGUCUUAUUGAUUGCCUGUAUGCUUGUACAGACUGAUGCAAAAAUCAACCCCCUAUUUUUUGUCCUAAUUAUUCUGUAUUGUAAUAUUUAAUAUAAAAUAAAUCUUUCAUCGACA